UUUUUUUUUUUUUUCUUUUUCCUGUUCUUUUUCUUUCUUUCUUUCUUUUUUUUUUUUGGCAAGACAGAUUUUAGUUUGAAAAAAAAGCAAACUUUUCUUGGGUGAAGGAUUAAAAAGUUUGAAUCUUGUUUUGAGGUUAGUAAAGGUUGCGGAUUCAAGAAAUUCAAACCAUAAGCAAAAUUUGAGGCCAUUCAAAGAAUUUUCAGAAAUUUCUAAGAGAGAUAUGAGUCUUCUUUACAGUUCUAGUUUCAAGUACCCCGAAGGAGAAUUAAGGAAGAAUCAAGAUUUCAUGGAAACUUAUCACCAUUAUCAACACCAAAACGAUCAGCAUAACUCAGGCCUGCUACGUUAUCGAUCUGCACCGAGCUCAUUUCUUGAGAAUCUUGUCAAUGGCAACAACACUGGUUUUGCUGGUGCAGGUGCUAAUGGCAAUCUUAAUUCUGAAGAUUAUCGAUAUGUUCGAUCUUCAAGUCCUGAGAUGGAAAGCGUAUUUGAAAAAUACAUGACACCAUGUAAUGGUUCAGGUGGUUCUGCCUCUCAUGAUCUGCAAGAAUUUGGAGGCAAAGCUUUGAAACUACAAGAGGCCCAUUCCAUUUCCCAACCAAAUGAAUACGCUAGUGGCGCGCAGAUGAUUUACCAAAGCUUGCCUGUGCACAAUUUGGCAAAUGAUAAUACAACAAUGGAUGGUUCAUUUGGUGUUAUUAAUUCCAUGGGAUCAAAUAGUUCAAUGCAACCCAAAAUUGGUACUACAAAUGAAUCCAAUCUUGUGAGGCAGAACAGUUCUCCAGCUGGGUUUCUAUCCAAUCUGGGUGUUGAAAAUGGAUUUACUGUUAUGAGAGACUUUGGAAACUUCAGAGCUUGCAAUACUACGAAUGGUGAAGCAACUCCAUCAACUGGUAGGCUAAAUGACCAUAUGAGUUUAGCAUCCGGAUCAAGGUUUAUUAUGCCUCAGAUUGGUGAAAUAGAGAAUGAAAGUAUGGGAGCAAGCAGCCCUGAGCAUCGAAGCUCGAUCAUUGUUAAUGGUAGCGACCGACUUUACAUGUCUAACUUUGCUAAUGAUUCCUGGAAUGGAGCUUCUUUCAGUACUUCAAAACGAACAUCAA